GCCAAAAAGUCCUCUAAGCUUUUAAACAUUGCUUCGAUGGUCUGCAUUUCUACUUUCAGGGAUAAAGGAGUACUGUUCUACAAUCAGCAGGCCACUACUAUCUUAUUAACUUCCAGUCACCUUAAUUUUUGUUAAAAUGAAGAUUCUGCAGUCUACACUUCUGUUGCUGUUUGUGCCUCUGAUAAAGCCAGCACCACCAACUCAGCAGAACUCACACAUCAUCUUUGAUUAUGGAACAGAUAAUUUUGAAGAAAUCUUACCUACCCAAGAUUAUAAGGAUCAAUACCUGGAUGGACAAAAUAUCAAGGAAAGAGAAUCUACAAUAAUAUCUGAUGAGGAAAGUCUUCAUUUACAAAAAGAUGAGAGUUUAACAUCAUUACCCUCUAAGAAAGAAAAUGAUGAAAUGCCCACGUGCCUGUUGUGUGUUUGUUUAAGUGGCUCUGUAUACUGUGAAGAAGUUGACAUUGAUGUUGUACCACCCUUGCCAAAGGAAUCAGCCUAUCUUUAUGCACGAUUCAACAAAAUUAAAAAGCUGACUGCCAAAGAUUUUGCGGAAAUCCCUAAUUUAAGAAGACUUGAUUUUACGGGAAAUUUGAUUGAAGAUAUAGAAGACAGUACUUUUUCAAAACUAGCUCUGUUAGAAGAACUUACACUAGCUGAAAAUCAACUACUGAAACUUCCAGUUCUUCCUCCCAAGCUAAUUUUAUUUAAUGCAAAAUACAACAAAAUCAAGAGUAGAGGAAUCAAAGCAAAUACAUUCAAAAAACUGAGUAACCUGUCCUUCCUCUAUUUGGACCACAAUGCACUGGAAUCUGUGCCUCUUAAUUUACCAGAAAGUCUACGUGUAAUUCAUCUUCAGUUUAACAACAUAACUUCGGUUACAGAUGACACAUUCUGCAAGGCUAAUGACACCCGUUAUAUUCGGAACCUCAUUGAAGAGAUACGCUUGGAAGGAAAUCCCAUCAUCCUGGGAAAGUAUCCGAACAGUUUUAUCUGCUUAAAAAGAUUACCUGUAGGGUCAUACUUUUAACCAGUAUCAAUCAAUGCACCACAUUAACUACAGUCCAAAUGUACUUAUAAUCUGUCUUAACAAUGUCUAAAGGAGCAUUAAUGUCUGAUAAAUGGUAGAUUUGUUUCCCAAUAUGAAGAAAUUUUAUGUUUUCAGCAAAUAUAUUCAAACGCUUACAUAUAACAAGUAAAAAGUAAGAGUAAAUCUCUAAGUUCAAAACAAAUUUUGUGAAAAUAUUUAAGCAGCAAAACAAAAUCCUUAUAGUUUAUAGUAGAAUGCUAUUUUAAAAAGGUUAUGUUUUAUGUAAAUAUCUCAAUUUGAGAAGCAUUAUUUCUAUUACUAAUGAAGUGAGAGAAGUUCAAGAAACUUUCAACCUUUUGUCUUUUCUAGACUUUACUGGAUCCCUAAAGCAUUUAAGAUUGACGCUUCAAAACCUCUGAAAAGCUAAAUAUGUCCAGUGCUUUCCCAUUUUUCUCUUAUGAUUCAUACACUACUCAUAAUGAAGUAGAAACUCUUUUCUUUCUGUUAAGACUGCUAUUAUCUUUUUACUUAGCCUGAGAAAUAGGAUAUAGUCACAUACUUAAGCAAAACUUUUCAAAUAAAGCAUAAUUUACUCUCUGAUAAA